GCAUUCCCGAGUCAGGCUACUCGAAAGUUACACUCUUUGUUAUUCCUUUCGUAUCAUACCUUUCCAUUCAAAAUGCAUAUAUCAAAUCUUAUAACUCUUGCUAUCUUGCCUUUAGCUUACGGUCAGCUUGAUACGCUUGCCAAGGCUGCUGGCCUCAAAUACUUUGGUUCCGCCACAGACAACGGCGAACUUACUGACACCCAAUACACCGCUAUCUUGUCAAACAACAGUCAGUUCGGACAAAUCACACCUGGAAAUACACAAAAAUGGCAAUACAUAGAACCCACCCAAAACACAUUCAGCUAUACCAAGGGAGAUGUUGUUGUUGAUUUCGCAGAGAAGAAUGAUCAAAUUCUGAGAUGUCAUAACUUGUGUUGGUAUAAUCAAUUGCCGUCAUGGGUUACUUCGGGCACAUGGACGAAUGAGACUUUAAUUGCGGUCUUGAAGAACCACAUUAAAAAUGAGGUAACUUACUACAAGGGCAAAUGCUACGCCUGGGAUGUCGUCAAUGAGGCAUUCAACGAUGAUGGUACCUGGAGAUCAUUUGUCUUCUAUGACACCAUUGGUCCUGAAUAUAUCCCAAUCGCAUUCGAAACCGCAGCUCUCUACGACCCAGAUGUCAAGCUCUACUACAACGAUUACAACAUCGAGUCUUCCGGUGCAAAGGCAACCGCUACCCUCAACCUCGUUAAGUCUCUCCAAGCCCGCGGUAUCAAAAUCGACGGUGUCGGUCUCCAAGCCCACUUCAUCGUCGGCUCCACCCCCAGCGAAUCCGCCCUCGCUACCACCCUCAAAUCCUUCACCGCUCUCAAUGUCGAAGUCGCCUACACCGAACUCGACGUCCGCUUCAGCUCUCUCCCCCCCACCACCGCCGGGCUCGCCCAACAAGGUGUCGACUACGCUAACACCGUCAACGCCUGUCUCAGCGUCGACGGCUGCGUCGGUAUCACCAUCUGGGACUUCACAGAUGCGUAUUCGUGGAUCCCAUCGACCUUCUCUGGCCAAGGUGAUGCCUGUCUCUGGUACGCUAACUAUACCGUUCACCCCGCCUACAACAACGUAGUUGCUGCUCUCGCCGCCGCAGCAGGCACAGUCGCCCCCGUUACUUCUACUAUUGUUUCUGCUACAUCCACAGCGAAAGUAAGUGAAUCCAGUGCGGUUUCUACUAGUCCAUCUGCGCCGGCCGUUUUGAUCUCUAGUUCUGUUUCCGUUUCUGCAGUUGUACCUUCUGUCUCUUCAGUUGUGCAAGUUGCCAGUUCUUCUGUCCUCUCUUCUGCGGCUGUUUCCUCUGCUGUCUCUGUUCCUAUUUCCUCAUCUCCUAUCCCCUCAAGCAGUACACUAAAAAAAUGCACAAAGACCCUCUCUUCCACCACCAUCACAAAAACCACCUCUACAGCCGCAGCUUCGGGAACUGGCGCCGCAGUCGCUCUUUACGGACAAUGUGGCGGCGUGAACUACAAGGGAAGUACCGUGUGUGCGGCCGGCGCGACCUGCACCGCGCAGAAUGAUUAUUACUCGCAGUGCAUUCCGGCAUAGGGGGACUGAGGAUGUGUGGAAAUGUAUAUACGGGUGAGAAGUGAAGAUUGGAUAGUGAGAUGUGUAUACGUGUGGAGAAGGAAAAGAAAGAAUGCGUAUGUUCUUUGUAUAUAGCUUUUAGUUUGUGAGAUAUAUUUUAGGAAGGUAUUGAGAAAGAUUGUAAAUAAGAUGUCCGUUUUAACCUUCUAUUCCUAGUCGGCAUUAUGGCACCAGCGACUAUGUACCUUUCGCGCUCAGGGUAAAUAUAGCUUCA